CUUCCCUGCAACGUUCACCACCACCACUCCACCAACUGAGCCCUGUGUGUCACGCAGAUUCGAAGAUGCGAAGCAGAGACCUUCCCCUCGUGCCCGCUUUACUAAUUGCCUCAUUUCAUCUGUCCGUAUGUGCCGCGUCCCUCUCUUUCCACUGCACCAAGCACCACGAGGAAGUGCGGCUGUCCAACGACUGCCUCACCGCCUCCCUGCUCAGCAAUGGCACUGGAGGCGUCGUCAUCUCCUCCUCUCCCGUCCCCCUCAGCCCCCAUGUCGGCCUCUACUUUCAGCUCACUGUGGAUGAGGUCGGCGACCACCUCGGCAGCGGCCUCGCCAUCGGCCUGACCACCACCGACCCCGCCACUCUCUCGUCUGUGCCGCACUUCGCCAUCGACGUGGCUGACAGCUGGUUCGCGGGCUACACGGGCACGGCGCGGCUUGACAGCACCUGGGACGACUCAUUUAAGUUCUACAGCAACCGUCUGGAGGCGGGCGACACGGUGGCCCUGCUGUUGUCGGUGCAGCGGUACUUCAUGGUCUUCCACAACGGGCGGCUGAAAGACUGGCGGUUUGUGCGCAACGUGGUGCGGACGCUCGAGCUGCCCAUGUUCGCACUGGUGGACGUACGGGGCGACACGCGAGUGGUCACCCUGGCCAGGGACGCACACCCCCCAGACGAGGUCAUCAGGGCUGCCAGGAAAGUCGCCAGGGAACAUGACGAGCUCUGAUUGGGUUCCGUGGACGGACGGGGAGGCUGUUUCUGGGUUGUCGGAGCGUAUUUGUUGUUGGCUGUUUGUCGAUGGGAAGGUGGGUGUCAUUUUAGCUCUAGUAAGACGUCGAGACAACUAGGAUAAGAUGGAUGAAUGAAGGCACGCGUGAGGGA